AUGGACAUCACCAACUUCGUCGUGUCCGCCAGGAACCAGGCGCUCCUCUACGGAGAUUACUCCACCUACCACAAGCAACUGGCGAAGAAGCUUUUGAGCUGUCGUAAGAGACUGAAUAUCUCAGUAAAGAGCCGUGGAAAGUUCAACAAGAAGGGCGACUACAGCGAAGUCACCUCUGAGCGCAUUGCCGAGGAUCAUGCCUACCUACACCUCAUCCUGCUAACAGCUGAGCGCGACUGGGCCCACGCCAUGGAGCUGAAGGCUGUUCACUCGACAGAUGCCAAGGGCAUCGCCGGCCGGACCCGCAUACACAUCAUCUCAAGACUCAACAAGGCAGCACGCAUCGCCGAUCGUCUUGUCGACUUGUUGUCCGCCAGCAGUGCCACGGGCGCCAAUAAUGUUGACCAGCUCGAAGCCAAGGCUUACGCCGCCCUGCUCAGGGGCGCUGAGAAUUUUGAGAGACACAACUGGGAGCAAUGUUUAAAGAGUUACGCGGUUGCGCGCAUAAUAUAUAGCGCCCUGAGCUCGGUCAAGAGUCCCGACACAGUCAAGGACUUACUAUCCGAGACCAUCGAUCCAUCCAUCCGUUACGCUGCCUAUCAGCUCAAGAUUCCCCGGACACAAGCCAUCCCGACAAUUGCCAGGAAGGCUUUCCCAUCAGAUAGCGCACUGACAGAGCAAGUCAACACACUGGACUCGUCCCUACUGAAGCAGAGUGGUGCAGAUGCGCAGAAGGAUCAGGCUGGUGCUUCGAGCGCACCGCAGACAAUCGAUUGGAGAUCGAGAAAGGUCAAAAUUGAGGAUGCUGCUAUUGCUGUGGCUCUCGCAUCAACCGAAGCUGCGACCGCGCGACUCGCCGAAAGACUGGCUUCGUCUGAUGUCGUCCUACCCAAGGAAAUGGCUGCAGCUUACGACGAAGUUCUCAUUGCCAGUCAAGAUGCUGCAGAUGUGACCAAACAUGCAAUUGACGAGUUGAAGGAAGAAGGUGUGUCGCAAAACGACCCGCGGACACAAAGCCUGCAAAUCACUAGAACGGCGGUCAACUACCAAAUGAUCAGCUGGAGAAUCGGACGUAACCGUGUAUUGAGCGGUGACCAUGAUGGCGCUUUGCUGGAUUCUGCGCCCAACACGACCCGGAAGGCCAAGAAAGAGACAGAAAAGGAGGCAAGUGCUAAAAAACCAAAGCACGAAGCGCCGGGUCGACAGAUUGCCCGCCUCAAGGAAAAGGUCGUUCUGUACGACGCAACACUGCAGAGUCUGGAUUCCAUCAAAGAACUACCUGGUGUCGCUGCAGACGAAGAUCUCCAGAAACAGCUAGAUGCGACCUACAAGUACUUUCAUGCUCUAAAAUCCCUGUCCAUAGCCCGGUCUCAUUCGCUUGCAGGAAAUUCUGUCAAUGCAUUGGCCCUGAUCAAGUUUGCGCUCAAUGAGUGCGAGCUCUCGGCGGCAGUCUUGGCCGAUCAAAUGUCAACCGCGGAAGAUGGAGCACCACUGAAUAUCGAAGUUCGCAACAGUGAUGUGCAAUUCUUGUCCAACCUGUUGAAGGGUGAAUUACAGCGCAGCCGGGCGCUUGUUGAGAUCGACAACAUCAAGGCGAAAUCGCAGUCUACAGGGGCCAAGUCAAACCCUCCUCUGGUACACCGACUGUUUGAGUAUCCGGCCGAAGGUGCUGAUUUGGAAAACUUGGUUUCUUAUCCACCAAAGAUGGAGCCAAUUCCUGUCAAGCCUCUGUUCUUUGAUGUUGCCUGGAACUACAUUGAUUACCCAGGCCAGGCACCUGCUGCCGCUCCAAAACAGGAAGCACAAGAAACAGAGCAAGCAACUCCAAAGAAGAAGGGAUGGUUUGGCUUUGGUCGUGGCUAA